AUGAACGAUACAUUCGAUUACAUCGUGGUGGGCGGAGGUACUGCUGGCGUGGUGAUCGCAUCGCGACUCAAGGAAUACCUUCCUGGUGCGCGCAUCGCGUUACUGGAAGGAGGAGCAAACGCAGUGGACCACUCUAUUGUCAAUGAUGUCACUGACCCAUUGGAUUGGACGACACACUUUCAGGAAGGUCUGAUGGUUGACUACCCAACGACACCGCAAGAGUAUCUUGAUGAUAGAAAGAUACCCAACCCGGCUGGACGCCUACUAUCCGGGUCGAGCGGCGUCAACGUUGGCAUGUGGAUGCGUGCAUCUACUGCUGACUUGGACGUGCUUGCAGAAAGAGCAGGUAACGAGAGAUUCAAGUAUGAAAAUCUACUCAGAUACUAUAGGCGUAUCGAGACUCAUUUUGAUACGACUGCGGACACAAGUCGGUACGGGUUCGAUGGACCAAUCCACACAGUUGGAGGCCGAAAAUACCCACUUAGGAGUGUACUCCAAAAGAGUGCCGAGAAUCUAGGUCACAAGUACAAUCCAACAAAGGGUGAUCCAGUUGGUCUAGGAGAUAUCACCCAGUGCUGGCUUGCCACUUCCGAGACAACAGCGACGCGACAGCACAGUGCUAAAGUAUACAAUCUCGAUGGUGUCAAAGUCUUUUGCGACACCCCAGUAGCUCGUCUUCUUCUUGACGAAUUGAAGCGUGCUAUAGCGAUCGAGUUGAUUUCUGGUCGCCGAAUGAUGGCAAGCAAGGAAAUCAUCAUCUCUUGUGGCGCUCACAAAACACCGCAGCUCCUGAUGCUGUCUGGCAUCGGCCCUGCGGACCAGCUUAUGCAACACGGGAUAUCUCAGAAGGUAGAAUCGCCCGCCGUUGGCGAAAACCUCACGGACCACAACGUUGUCACACAAUACUACAAACUGAGAGAUCCAUCGAAAGGUCUCGCCCGUCCUUUCGACGGUACUAUGAAACCUGAAUAUGGUCAAGGUCUUCCGUUUGAUUUCGCCCUUUUUGCGAAUCUCCCAGCAGCAGAAAUAGAGACACAUCUAAGAGAAGACGGUAUCAAUCCUGAUGGCUUGAGCGAGAAGGCCUUGCUACUAAGGCCACAUCGGAGCCACUAUCUCAGUGUAGCGUGGUACUACCCACUUCUUGCCCACGCCACCGCAUUUCCGACAGUUCAAGCAGAUGGUGCUCAUAUUUCUUUAUGCGCUUUCCACAUGCUUCCUCUGUCACGCGGUACCGUGACGCUUCGAUCUGCCAAUCCGAGGGACAACCCGGUCUGCAAUCCACGUUAUCUGUCCACAAAGACAGAUCGCUUCAUCCUUAGACGGGCUAUACGUGAGAACCUUCGCCUUGUGGAAACAGAGCCACUUGCCUCGGAAAUUGAGGGCGAAGUGCCACCUGCAGAUCAGAGGUUCCCAGCGCUGACAGCUGCGAGCAGCGACGAGGAGAUUGAUGCAAGAAUCAGAGCUUUUGCAGUAACCAUAGCUCAUCCGAUGGGAACUUGCGCUCUAGGAACAGUGCUGGAUGAUAAGUUCAGGGUCAAGGGAAUGAAGGGGCUAAGGGUUUGCGAUGCUAGUGUGUUUCCGGAGCCGAUUGCUGCGAUGCCGAGCUGCACGAUAUACGCGUUGGCGGAGCUGUGUGCUGACCUCAUUGCGAAGGAGAUAGAAGACUUAUCAUGA